GAGCAAUUAACAGCUCCUAGCUUAGGACAAUACCACAGCAGAUUAGAUAGUAGCUGCGGUCCGCUUACGUGCCGGAAGCUCUAUGAUUUGGGGUAAAUUGGGGGCAGAAUGAUAUUUGAUGCCAGGAUGGGUAGACUUCUAGACCCUCCAUGACGUUGUUCCCACGCUUCGCAUCAUUCAAAAACUAUCAAGCGACCACCGUGGCUGACUUCGAAGCUUUCUACCAUUUACGUUUCCCCAAGAAUACCUUCUAACACAAGCGGAACAUUCAUUCGCGACCGAUGAGCGAAAUGGCCCCCCCGACGAGCAAGGAGCUAGUGUCCAGGGUGUACAAGAUGAUCCCGCCGAUGCUGGGAACUUUUCACAAAGGUCAACUUGGGCGUGUUGCUGUCAUUGGGGGCAGCGAAGACUAUACUGGCGCUCCAUAUUUCUCCGCCAUGGCUUCAGCAAGGCUUGGAUGCGAUAUGAGCCAUGUUAUUUGCGAGAUUGGCGCCGGACAAGUCAUUAAAACCUACUCACCAAACCUCAUGGUGCACCCAUACUUACGAUCGACCAAGUCGGCGUCCUCGUCAGACACCGCAUCAUCCCUAGCCCAAAGCGUUAUCGCAAUGCUGUCAAGGCUCCACGUUCUGGUCAUUGGACCUGGGUUAGGAAGAGACAAGUUGAUGCAAGAUACGGUCGCUGAAGUUCUCAAGGAGGCUCGGAAACAGAAUAUCCCCGUCGUGUUGGAUGCUGAUGGGUUGAUACUAGCACAAGAACGACCGGAGUUGGUCAAAGGCUUCGAACUUUGCAUUCUCACACCGAACGUAGUCGAAUUUGGUCGUCUCGCAAAGAGCGUCAAUCUGGAUAUGAAUGAAGGUGAGCCUGCAACAAGAUGUGCUCGGUUGGCCAAGGCGUUUGGCGGGGUCACGAUUAUCCAGAAAGGGCAAUCCGACAAUAUUUCCAACGGAGACCACACGGCGAUAUCGGAUGGAGAGGGUGGAUUGAAACGAAGUGGCGGACAGGGCGAUACUCUGACCGGAACUCUUGGAACCCUCCUUGCCUAUAGGAAAGCCUACCAUGAUCGCAUUUGGCAACAUGAAAAUGAUCUGCCAGAAAAAGAAACACUGGCAUUAGCGGCAUGGGCCGGGAGUGCAAUCACACGCGAAUGCUCGAGAUUGGCAUUCAAAGAGAAAGGACGAAGUCUACAGGCGGGAGACUUGACAGAUAAGGUCACAGAAGCCUUCCAGAACAUCAUUGGAGAGAAAGGGUCACGACUCUGA